GUCAACAUCAAUCAUGAUACAAAUUGCGUUAAAACAACUGGAAAAACCAUUCAUGAAGCUCUUUGGUACACUCCGCUAAUAAUAUUUGUGGGCUAUAUUGAGAAGCACCUCAGUGACAGGUACUGUAUGCCCCACGGAAAGUACAGAUAAAAAACUUCACUUUUUUGUGGAAGAAGAUGUAAACUGUAAGAACCUGCCACAUGACUGUGCCAGUUUUUAUUACAAGGGAAACCGAUUAAGUAGCGUAUACAAAAUUUGGCCUACGUUCCUUAAUCAUUCAAUCAGCGUAUUUUGUGAUAUGGAUACUUCUGGUGGAGGAUGGACUGUAAUCCAAAGGCGUGGAGAUUUUAAGGAUAAUGUCGAAGGAUUCUAUCAGCCCUGGGAUUUAUAUAAAAAAGGAUUUGGUAAUUUGUCUGCUGAAUUUUGGUUAGGAAAUGAUGCUAUUUUCGCUCUAACAAAUCAGAACAAAUUACUUUUACGUAUUGACCUAGAAGAUUUUGAAGGAAACAAGCGUUUUGCUGAAUAUCUGGGAUUUGUUGUCAGGAGUGAAAUGGAUAAGUACAACAUGACCUUCGAUUCAUACAGAGGAGAUGCAGGAGAUGGUAUGGCUACAAGUAACGGGAUGCCAUUUACAACCAAGGACAGAGAUAACGACAAAUGGAUAAAAAACUGUGCAGAGACUUACAAAGGAGCAUGGUGGUACAGUGCUUGCCAUGAUGCUAAUCUCAACGGUCUAUAUCUUCGAGGAAAAUACAAAGAACACGCCGUGGGCGUUAAUUGGAAGUUCUGGAAAGGAUAUGAAUAUUCCCUCAAAGUGACCGAGAUGAAGUUGAGACCGGUUGGCUUUGUGCCAAGUUCGGAAGCCCCUAAGUAAAUGUACACAAAAUAUGAUAAUAUGCAUACGCUUCAAGCUUUGCAAGAUAAAUGAAAUUAUCUAUCAGCUAAUAAGACAUGAUUAAUUUUUUCUAAUUUUCUAAAGAUAAACUAAAUGAGUCAUACAGAAGAAAAUUAUGUCUAUAAAGCAAUCAACAUACUAUUAAUGAUUAUAGAAUUUAGUUCUCAAAAUAAGAUUACGAAGAACUCAAGUAUGGAAAAAAUUAUGCUUAGCCGUUGGAUAUAAUGUGUGAACCUUUUUAGGGUAAUUCUGAAUUGAUAGAAAUAUAAAUGUGUAUUAUA